AUGCAACGAGCUCAUGAAACUCCAGGAGUUGUGUCAUGCUGUGUUGGUGAUGAUAUGUUAAAACAGUUGCUUCCUCACUUGCAAGAGCAAUUAGAGCUUUGUCAAAAAUCUCUCAGUGGGUAUCUUGAAAAGAAAAGGAUGAUGUUUCCAAGAUUUUUCUUUGUUUCUGACCCUGCUCUAUUAGAAAUUCUUGGACAAGCUUCUGACUCUCAUACAAUACAAAAUCAUUUGUUAUCUAUUUUUGACAACACUCGAUAUGUCAAAUUUCAUGAUAUAGAGUACAAUAAAAUGACUGCAAUAGUUUCAUCUGAAGGCGAAUGUAUACAAUUGGAAAGAACUGUCAGAGCAGAAGGAAGUGUUGAAACCUGGCUUACAGCUUUACUGCAAUCAUCUCAAGCAUCACUGCAUGGUAUAAUAAGGAAUGCUUACACUAUGAUCAAUGAUGCAAAUUUCAAUAUUUUGACGUUUUUAGAUAAGAAUCCUGCCCAAGUCGGUUUACUGGGAAUACAAAUGAUAUGGACCCGGGACUCAGAGAUUGCUCUCUCUCAAGCAAGAAGUGAUAAAAAGAUUAUGGCAGAAAUGAACAAUAAGUUUUUGGAAUUACUAAACACACUUAUAGAUCAAACUACGCGUGAUCUUACAAAACUUGAAAGAAUAAAAUUUGAAACACUCAUCACUAUACAUGUCCACCAAAGGGAUAUAUUUGAUACCCUAGUUCGUAUGAAUGUUAAAUCUGUGAAUGAUUUUGAAUGGCUAAAACAAUGUAGAUUUUAUUUCAAAGAAGAUUUAGACAAGACUUGGAUAAGUAUUACUGAUGUUGUUUUUAUUUACCAAAAUGAGUAUUUAGGAUGUACCGAUCGUCUUGUAAUAACACCUCUUACUGACAGGUGCUACAUAACAUUGGCUCAAGCAUUGGCUAUGAGCAUGGGUGGAGCUCCUUGUGGUCCAGCAGGUACAGGAAAAACAGAAACUGUUAAAGACAUGGGUAAAACUCUUGGAAAGUAUGUUGUGGUUUUCAACUGUUCUGACCAAAUGGAUUAUAAGGGCCUUGGAAGAAUCUAUAAAGGACUCGCUCAGUCAGGUACUUGGGGCUGUUUUGAUGAAUUUAAUCGGAUCGAGCUCCCAGUGUUGUCAGUUGCAGCACAGCAAGUAGCUGUUGUUCUCAAUGCUAAGAAAGAGAAGAAAAAACAAUUUCAUUUUACUGAUGGAGAUCUUGUUGACAUGUGCCAAGAAUUUGGUAUAUUUAUUACAAUGAAUCCAGGAUAUGCCGGAAGAAAAGAACUGCCAGAAAACUUAAAACUACAGUUCAGAACAGUUGCUAUGAUGGUACCUGAUCGUCAAAUUAUUAUUCGUGUGAAAUUGGCUAGUUGCGGCUUUCUAGAAAAUAUUACAUUAGCCCGCAAAUUUUAUACACUUUACAAGCUUUGUGAGGAACAGCUUACUAAACAGGUUCACUAUGAUUUCGGAUUAAGAAACAUUUUAUCAGUGUUACGUUCUCUUGGAGCAGCAAAAAGAGUUAAUUUCAAGGACUCUGAAAGUACAAUUGUUAUGAGAGUUUUAAGAGAUAUGAAUUUAUCAAAAUUGAUCGAUGAAGAUGAACCUCUAUUUAUUUCUCUGGUUGCUGAUUUAUUCCCAAACCAGUCAUUGGAGAAGACAACAUAUCCAGAACUAGAAGCUGCAAUCACGGAACAUGUUGAAGAAACUGGUCUUGUUUAUCACCCUCCUUGGGUUCUUAAAAUCGUACAGCUUUAUGAAACACAAAGAGUAAGACAUGGUAUUAUGACCUUAGGUCCAGAAGGUGCUGGAAAAACAACUUGUAUACAUACCUUAAUGGCUGCUCUAACCAAAUGUGGAGAUUACCACAGGGAAAUGAGAAUGAAUCCGAAAGCUAUAACAGCUGCACAAAUGUUUGGAAGGCUGGAUGUAGCAACUAAUGAUUGGACUGAUGGUAUAUUUUCAGCAUUGUGGAGAAAGACACUCAAAUUAAAAAAAGGAGAAUAUGUUUGGUUAGUUCUUGAUGGGCCAGUUGACAGUAUUUGGAUUGAAAAUUUGAAUUCAGUCCUUGAUGACAAUAAAACUUUAACACUUGCUAAUGGUGAUAGACUAGGGAUGGCAGCAACUUGUAAAAUUAUUUUUGAACCACAUAAUAUUGACAACGCCUCACCUGCCACCGUGUCCCGAAAUGGAAUGGUGUACAUGAGCUCAUCCGGUUUAGACUGGCAACCUGUUAUCGAAGCAUGGCUGAAAACUAGAUCUCCAAUUGAACAAAGCGUAUUUCGUUUAUUAUUUGAUAAUUCCUUCCUAUCAGCAUAUACUUAUGCUACUCAAAAUCUAAAAUUUUCUAUGAAAGUAUUACAAUGUAAUAUAAUUCAGCAAAUCGUAAUAUUGAUGCAAUCCUUAGUUCCUGUUGAGCAAAAAGUUGCUAAAGGAGAAGAUGAAGAAGAAAGCGAAGAAACAUCUGAACCACCCAUCCCAACUUUAAAUUUAUCAGAAGACUUUUUGGGACGUGUUUAUUUGUUUUCACUUGUAUGGUCUAUUGGAGCGUUUUUUGAUAUUGAAGACAGAAUAAAAUUCAAUACAUUCCUUCAAGAUAAAAUGAAAAAUCUCAGCCUUCCUGUACCAUUAGAAGAUGAGGAUGGAUCUGUCUUUAAUUAUGGGAUUAAUGAAGAUGGUAACUGGCAAUCAUGGAAUAAAUUAGUACCUGCAUACAAUUAUCCUGAUCAAAGUACACCAGAUUUUAAUACUAUACUAGUUCCAAUAAUUGAAAGUGUUUGUAUUGACUACCUAAUAAAUUGUAUUGCAAGGCAGAAUAAACCUGUGUUGCUAAUUGGGGAGCAAGGAUCUGCAAAGACAAUUAUGAUGAAAACAUUCAUGAAAAAGCUAGAUACUGAUAAGUAUUUAAUUAGAUCUUUUAAUUUUUCUUCUGCGACAAGUCCUUAUCAGUUUCAGAAAACUAUUGAAAGUUUUGUUGAAAAAAGGAUGGGAAAUCUUUUUGGUCCUGCUGGUGGGAAAAAAAUGGUUGUUUUUAUUGACGAUAUUAACCUUCCCCAAAUAAAUGAAUGGGGAGAUCAGAUUACUAAUGAAAUUGUUCGGCAAGCAAUGGACAUGAAUGGCUGUUAUAGUCUUGAAAAGCCUGGAGAGUUCAUUCAAAUCAUUGAUGUUCAUUUUGUAGCUGCUAUGGGACAACCUGGUGGAGGAAGGAAUGAUAUUCCCUCUAGACUAAAAAGACAGUUUUGUAUUUUUAAUUGCACAUUUCCAUCAGAUGCUUCAGUUGACAAAAUAUUUCGUAUUGUUGGUGAAGGUCACUAUAAUUUGAAAAGAGGAUUUUCACAAGAAGUUAGACUACUAAUAAAAAAAUUAGUGCCUUUGACUAGGAAACUAUGGCAUAAAACAAGGUCUCAUUUGUUACCAACUCCUGCUAAGUUCCACUAUGUAUUCAGUCUUAGAGAUUUAUCCAGAAUUUGGCAGGGAAUGGUUGGAACGUUAUCUAAUGUUAUAGAAUCUGAAAGAAUUUUACUUCUACUUUGGAAAAAUGAAAGUACAAGAGUUUUUGCUGACAGAUUUACAUCUUAUUCAGACAAAGAAUGGUUUGACACACUGUUGAUUGAUCUGGUUGGAACUGAACUUGGUGAAAAUUUUAAAGCAAUGUCACUACCCAAUCCUCCAUUUGUAGAUUUUAUGAGGGAUGCCCCAGAACCAACUGGUGAAGAAGGAGAAGAAACUGAUAUGGAAUUACCUAAAGUUUAUGAGCCUGUUUGGGACAUAAAAGAACUUCAAGACAGGCUGGAUAUGUUUUUAUCUCAAUUCAAUGAAAUGGUCAGAGGUUCAGGAAUGGAUCUGGUAUUUUUUCCUGAUGCAAUGCUUCAUCUAGUGAAGAUAUCCAGAGUAAUACGGCAUCCACGGGGAAAUAUAAUGUUGAUUGGAGUAGGAGGAUCUGGGAAACAAUCUUUAACAAAAUUAGCUUCAUUUAUUGCUGGUUACAAAACAUUCCAAAUUGCUCUGACACGCUCAUACAAUGUUGCUAACUUUUUGGAGGAUAUAAAAUUUCUUUAUAGAACUUGUGGAGCUCAGGGAAAAGGAACUACAUUCAUAUUCACAGACCUAGAUAUCAAGGAAGAAAUAUUUUUAGAAUAUCUCAACAAUAUUUUAUCAUCAGGUGUAAUUUCAAAUUUAUUUACGAGAGAUGAACAAUCUGAAAUAAUGUCCGAAUUAUCUCCAACAAUGAGACGUGAAAAUCCUAAAAGAACGCUAACUACAGAAAUUGUAAUGGAAUACUUUAUUCAAAGAACAGUUCAAAAUCUUCAUGUUGCUUUCUGUUUUUCACCAGUGGGAGAGAAGUUCAGAUAUAGAGCUAUGCGUUUUCCUGCACUAGUGUCUGGUUGUACAUUAAAUUGGUUUCAGCCAUGGCCAAGAGAUGCCCUUGUUUCAGUAGCCAGUCAUUUUCUAGUUGAUUUCAGCAUAGAUUGUACUACUGAAAUUAAGAAUGAAUUGGUUGAUGCAUUGGGAUAUAUCCAAGAUAUUGUUUCCACAACAUCUUCAGAAUAUUUUCAAAGAUUCCGAAGAUCAACACAUGUAACCCCAAAAUCAUACUUAAAUUUCAUAAGUUCCUAUAAAAAAAUAUAUGUUGAGAAACAGAAGGAAUUGGGUGAAGGAGCAUUAAGAAUGGAUACUGGUUUAGCCAAACUGGAUGAAGCUUCAGAAUGUGUUGCAGUUUUAAAAACAGAAUUGGCUGAUAUGGAACGAGAGUUAGCUAUUGCUUCAAAAAAAGCUGAAGAUGUUCUCCUAGAAGUAACUGAUAGAGCAAACCAAGCUGAAGAAGUGAAAAAUCAGGUGAUGGUAGUUAAAGAAAAAGCUGAAAUCUUGGUUCAAACCAUUGCUAAAGAGAAAAAAACUGCUGAAAGAAAACUGGAAGCAGCUAAACCAGCAUUGGAAGAGGCUGAAGCUGCUUUGAACACCAUAAAGCCUGCACAUAUUGCCACUGUGAGGAAACUUGGCAGACCUCCACAUUUGAUUAUGAGGAUCAUGGAUUGUGUGUUGAUUCUUUUCCAACGAAAGUUGCAUCCGGUUAUUCCUGAUAAUGGAGCACCUUGCCCCAAACCUUCUUGGGCUGAAUCCUUAAAGAUGAUGGCGAGCACAACAUUCUUACUUCAGCUACAAAACUAUCCAAAAGAUAAUAUUACUAGUGAAAUGAUUGAUUUGUUGCAACCCUAUUUUGAGAUGGAAGACUACAACAUGGAUACUGCUCAAAGAGUUUGUGGUGAUGUUGCUGGUCUGCUUUCUUGGACUAAAGCUAUGUCAUUUUUUCAUAGUGUCAACAAGGAAGUGCUUCCAUUGAAGGCAAAUCUUAAGCUUCAAGAAGCAAGAUUGAAAUCGGCUAUGGAUGAUUUAGCGGCAGCAGAAGAAGAACUUGCUGCACGAGAAAGGUCAUUAGAAGAUGUUAAAGCUCAGUACAAUGCAGCUGUUUCUGAAAAACAAAGAUUAACUGAUGCAGCCAACAACUGUCUCCGUAAAAUGACAGCAGCAACUGCUCUUAUAAAUGGUUUGGGAGGGGAAAAGAUUCGCUGGACCAGACAGAGCAAAGAAUUCAAAGAACAGUUAGGAAGGCUUGUUGGUGAUGUUCUGUUAGCUACUGCAUUUUUAUCUUACUGCGGCCCAUAUAAUCAGCAAUUUCGUUCUCAUUUAAUUGCAAAGUGGAUGGAUAUCUUAGUACAACGUAAAAUCCCAGUCACUAAAAAUUUACAUAUUAUUAAUAUGUUGGUUGAAUCAGCUACUAUAUCAGAAUGGACAUUACAAGGACUACCUAAUGAUGAACUGUCUGUUCAAAAUGCCCUCAUAGUGACAAAAUCAAGCUCAUACCCUCUCCUUAUAGAUCCGCAAACUCAGGCUAAAAUGUGGAUAAAAAAUAAAGAAGCCAAUAAUGAACUUCAGAUUACUUCUUUAAACCAUAAAUAUUUUCGUACUCAUUUGGAAGACUGUUUGUCCUUAGGAAGACCUCUCCUUAUUGAAGAUGUGGGAGAAGAAUUGGAUCCUGUUAUUGAUAAUGUACUUGAAAAAAAUUUCAUAAAAUCAGGUUCUAUAGAAAAGGUCGUUGUUGGUGAUAAAGAGACAGAUGUCAUGCCUGGUUUUAUGCUAUACAUAACAACAAAGUUGCCAAAUCCAGCGUAUUCUCCAGAAAUAAGUGCAAAAACAUCAAUCAUCGACUUUACUGUUACUAUGCAGGGACUAGAAGAUCAGUUGCUUGGUCGUGUUAUUCUUAUGGAAAAAUCUGAACUUGAAGCUGAAAGAGUUACAUUAUUUGAAUCAGUUAUUAAGAAUCAGCGUAGUAUGAAAGAGCUUGAAAGUAAUCUUCUUCAUAGGCUUACUUCAUCAGAGGGUUCUUUAGUUGACGACGAAGCACUGAUUGAUGUUUUACAAGAAACUAAAACUACGUCUGAGGAUGUGAAUGCUAAGUUGAUUGUUUCGGCAGAUACAGAGAAAAAGAUCAUGAAGGCUCGAGAAGAAUUCAGAGCUGUGGCUGCAAGAGGGUCCAUUUUGUAUUUCUUGAUAGUAGAGAUGAGUAAUGUUAAUAUCAUGUACCAAAAUUCUCUAAAGCAGUUUUUAACUAUUUUUGAUAAUUCUAUAACAAAAUCAGAAAAAUGUAGAGACACAGAAGAAAGGAUACAAAUUAUUUUGUCCUAUUUAACUUAUCAGGUUUGGAUAUAUACAUUGCGUGGACUAUAUGAAAGACAUAAAGCAUUAUUUACAUUGAUGCUAGCAAUGAAAAUUGAUUGUUAUAAAGGAUUGAUAACCCACGAUGAGUUUUUGGCAUUCAUCAAAGGUGGUGCAUCAUUGGAUUUGAAUGCAGUCACACCAAAGCCAUAUAAAUGGAUAUUGGAUAUAACAUGGCUCAACCUGGUUGAAAUUAGUAAGCUUCCUGUCUUUGAAAAUGUCCUUCAAAAAAUUAAGAGUAGUGAACGAGAAUGGAGACUGUGGUAUGAAAAGGAGAAACCUGAAGAAGCUGAUUUACCAUGUGGAUAUCAAAAAUCAUUAGAUGUUUUUAGAAAACUUUUAUUAAUUAGAUCAUGGAGUCCUGAUCGUACAAUAUCUCAAGCUAGAAAAUAUAUUAUUGGUUCACUUGGGUCAGAAUAUGGUGAGGCUAGUAUUUUGGACUUGGAAGUAACAUGGGGUGAAUCAGAACCAAGGACCCCCUUGGUAUGCAUCCUUUCCAUUGGAUCUGAUCCAUCACCUCAGAUAACUUCAUUAGCUAAAUCACAAGAUAUUGCUUUGAGAUCUGUUUCUAUGGGUCAGGGACAAGAAUAUACUGCAAGGCAGAUGAUAAGUGAUGGAAUGACGAAUGGCGGAUGGGUUCUUCUUCAAAAUAUUCAUCUUUCCCUCCCGUUUUGUACAGAAGUCAUGGAUGCUCUUGCUGAUGCUGACAUGAUUGAUGAAACAUUCAGACUCUGGAUGACUACUGAAGUUCAUACUGAGUUUCCUAUUGGACUCCUUCAGAUGGCCAUCAAGUUCACAAAUGAACCUCCACAGGGAAUCAGAGCCAGCAUGAAGAGAACUUACCAAAAUAUAACACAGGACACGCUGGACUACUCAGCUCAAGCUCAGUGGCCUCCUUUGCUUUAUGCUGUUGCAUUCCUCCAUACGAUUCUUCAAGAAAGAAGAAAGUUUGGUCCUCUUGGAUGGAAUGUGGCUUAUGAGUUCAACCAGGCAGAUUUUGCUGCUUCUGUUCAGUUUAUUCAGAACCAUUUGGAUGAUAUGGAUCCAAAAAAAGGAAUAUCAUGGGCAACAGUUUGUUAUAUGCUCGGUGAAGUCCAGUAUGGGGGUAGGGUAACUGAUGACUUCGAUAAAAGGCUGUUAACAACAUUUACUCAAGUUUGGUUCUGUGAUGUACUUCUUAGACCUGGGUUUGAAUUUUAUCAUGGUUACAAAGUUCCAAUAACAAGGAACAUUCAGGGCUAUGCUGAUUAUAUUAAUAGUCUACCUAUAACUGACUCUCCAGAGGUUUUUGGAUUGCAUCCUAAUGCUGAUAUAACUUACCAGAUAAAUACUGCAAAUGGGAUUUUAGAUACAAUAUUAAAUGUACAACCUAAAGAAGGAGGCUCCCAGGGUGGUGAAACAAGAGAAGCUGCAGUGUAUAAAUUAGCUGAUGAUAUGCUUCGCAAGCUGCCAAAGCAGUAUAACAGUUUUGAAGUGAGAGAUGCAUUGCACAGGAUGGGAGCUCUUCUUCCUAUGAAUAUUUUUCUUAGACAAGAAAUAGAUAGACUUCAAAAAGUUAUUAGGGCUGUUCAAACAACAUUAGUUAACGUCAAAUUGGCAAUAGAUGGUACUAUUGUCAUGUCUCAUAACCUACGAAUGUCAUUGGAUGCAAUGUACGAUGCGAGAAUACCUGAAAGUUGGCAAAAGUUAUCAUGGGAAUCAGCUACUUUAGGAUUUUGGUACACUGAACUUCUAGAAAGGGAAGCACAAUUUAAGAAGUGGUUACAGCAUGGAAGGCCUGUUGUAUUUUGGAUGACUGGAUUUUUUAAUCCUCAAGGUUUUCUGACUGCUAUGAGACAGGAAGUAACUAGAGCUCAUAAGGGUUGGGCCUUGGAUUCAGUUGUUCUCCAAAAUCUAAUCACAAGGCAUAACAAGGAAGAUAUACAUGAAGCCCCUCCUGAAGGUGUUUAUGUUCAUGGGUUAUUUCUUGAAGGUGCUGGUUUAGAUCGUAGGUCAGGAAAACUGAUUGAAAGCAAACCAAAGGUACUUUAUGAACAAAUGCCAGUAAUAUAUAUCUAUGCAAUAAAUACUACUGCUGGGAAAGAUCCAAAGCUAUAUGAAUGCCCAAUUUAUCGAAAACCACAGAGGACUGACCAAAAAUAUGUUGGUUCAAUUGAUUUUGAAACAGAUAAUAAUCCGAGACAUUGGACAUUAAGAGGAGUUGCUUUGUUGUGUGACAUAAAGUAAAGUUGUUAUUCUAUUAUAAAAGAAACAAAAAUAUAAUUGUUUAUUACAAAAUAGCAUUACAAAUAUAUCACAAUAAAUAAUUAAGAACACAAGUAAUAAACAGCUAGUACAAAUUAUUUUUUUCUUUUCACUUUAUACAUAAACUAUACAACUAUCUUUCUGAACUUAAAAAAAUACUAGUGAAUCACAUUUUCCAUGUACAACAUGUAUUUCAACUCCGAUGGUAUUUAAAUAGUUCUUAAAACUAUUAUUAAAUACCUUCUCAUUUUAAAUCUAUUUAAGCCUUAUUUAUCGACAAUAAUUUUAGUUAAAUUAUCAAAACAUAAAACAAAAUACGUAUAACUUAUGUGUCAUAUUUAAAAGUCGUUACUUAUGAAUUCAACAAGAGCUGUUGAAGCUGUUGUGAGGCAGAUUACUAAAUAUAUUAAGAAUAUUAAUUUUUUAUUUGUUGCUUUCCUCGGAUUUUUGUUUUUUGUUUUUAAGGUAGCACAGAUUUUUUUAGUUUUAAAAGUGGUUGAUGAUUUUUUCUUUUACUUUGUCAUUUAAGACAAUAAUAUUGGUACAUUAUAAAUACAUAAACUUAAUCUUACAGAUUUCACUCACACUUUCACAUAAAAUAUUUCAUAAUCACCAAACACUGUACACAGUUUAUAGGCACCUAUUUAACUGGUCUUUCCUUAAGCACAAACAGGACAGCACCUUCCUUCAACCUUUUGCUGUUUUUCACAAUUAAGAUUAGCACACUGAAUUCUUGUACAAGAGACCUGUACUCCCUAA